UUCCCAAUCCCAGAAUGUCCAAGAAGCUUGCGCGCCACUCCACUGGACCACCUACUUAAGCAGAUCAUGGAGUGACACUGCAACGUCACCAAUACCAAGCCAUGGACGGCGCGGUCACCACAGUCGUCGUCCAAGGCGGCGCCGCCGACGGCUCCGGCGUGCACGUCCUCCUCCUGCCGUUCCCUGGGAUGCAGGGCCACGCCAACCCCAUGCUCCAGCUCGGCCACCGGCUGGCCUACCACGGCCUCCGCCCCACCCUCGUCGUCUCCCGCCACGCCCUCUCCACCGCCACCACCACCUCCGCGCCGUGCCCGUUCCCCGUGGCCACCAUCUCGGACGGCUUCGACGCUGGCGGGAUCGCGUCGUGCCCGGACACCGCCAAGUACCUCCGCCGGAUGGAGGCGGCGGGGUCGGAGACGCUGGCGGGGCUCCUCGACGCCGAGGCCCGCGCGGGGCGGCCCGUCCGGGUGCUCGUGUACGACUCGCACCUGCCGUGGGCGCGGCGCGUGGCGCGCGGCGCCGGCGUGGCGGCGGCCGCGUUCAUGACGCAGAUGUGCGCGGUGGACCUCGUCUACGCCGAGGUGUGGGCGGGGCGGGCGGCGUUGCCGCUGGCGGACGGUGGCGCGCUGCGGGGGAGGCUCGGCGUCGAGCUGGGCCCCGACGACGUGCCGCCGUUCCUGGCGGCGCCCCAGUGGUACCCGGCGUUCACGGAGUCCGCGCUGAGCCAGUUCGACGGGCUGGAGUACGCUGACGACGUGCUCGUCAACUCCUUAAGAGGUCCAGGAAAUGAGAAAAAAUUGUUUGCUGAAAAUUCAAUAUGUUGUGCAUCGAAUGUAGGUUGUUUUCUAACACAUUGUGGGUGGAACUCAACAAUUGAAUCAAUUGCUACUGGUGUUCCAAUGGUGGCAAUGCCCCAAUGGGCGGACCAGCCGACAACGGCAAAGUAUGUGGAGAGCGCAUGGGGAAUUGGGUUGCGCAUGCGGAAGGGUUUAGUUAAGAGGGAAGAGGUGGAGAGGUGUAUAAGUGAGGUCAUGGAAGGAGAGAGGAAGCAGGAGUACAGGAGGAAUGCUGCUCAAUUGAGGCACAGGGCCAAAGAAGCUAUGCAGGAAGGAGGCAACUCUGACAAGAAUAUUACAGAAUUUGCAGCCAAGUAUUUAUCAAUGUAGAUGUCUAAUGAUGUUUCAGCUGGUGACUAAUUUUGCCCUAUGAUUGUGAAGGAAACAAUUCCUCUUUAGCAAUUAGGAAACCAUCUUUUUAAAAAAAUAAGAAGCUUUGGUUCCAUUAUUGCAUCUUUGUGGAGAAAGAUGCAUAA